AUGAAGGAGAAGAAGAUGGCAUCCAUCCUCUGGACUCUACUACUGCAGCUCAUCUGCCCAAGUCAGCAACUAGAAACCGGUUGUGGCCCUCUACCGCAGUUGCACCACAUUGUACCAAAAGAGGGCAAAACAUUUCCUGAAAAUACACGGUUCAGAUACAGUUGUGAGGACGGCUUCCUGAGGCAAGCAGGGACGUCCACCUUCUUCAAGUGUGUGAAGAACAACAAAACAUUCUAUUGGCACAACGAACCAAAGCUGGAAUGCAUUCGUUGUGGUCCUCCACCGGAGGUGAACCACACUGUAUUCAUUGAGGGCCAAACAUUUUCUGAAAAUACAGAGCUCAGAUACAGAUGUGAGGACGGCUUUGAGAGGAAAUCGGCGACGUCCAACUUGUUGAAGUGUGUGAAGAACAACAAAAUGUUCUAUUGGCACAACCAACCAAAGCUGGAAUGCAUUCGUGUCAUUUACUCCACUGUAGAAGGGACAGCCACCCUGCCUUGUGGCGGUCUGGCAGGUCAAAACUGCUCCUCCGUGGAAUGGUAUGCCAAUCCCAAUAAUAAUCAAUUACAUAUAUACAAUGAAAGCGGUAGCUGGAGACUCUCCACCAGGAAGAUCUGGGUCUCUCAGCGAGAUGAGAGACUCAGUCUGCUCCCUGACUGUUCCCUCCACAUCACCAACAUCACCACCGAGGAUGCUGGAUACUACAGAUGUGAAAAUCCUCUGAGUGGUCAGAAGAAAGAGCUUCACCUUAUUCUUCUUGAUGUUCCAUCUUCCCCCAGUGAGAGUGAGGCAGAGUCUGAAGAUCAUGUGACUCUCCACUGUGUCCUUCACACUGGCGUUGACUGCAACCUGUUGACUGUGCAUCCGGAUUUUAACCUCAGCUGGGUGGAGGUGGCAGGGACUAACCUGUGGACCUCCACCAACUACCAGAUCAAGAAAACAUCUGCCUGCAGCACCACCUUGACUGUUAACCUCACAAGUCCCACCCCUUACAGCCAGCGAAGGUGCCAGGUGACUACAGGAGGAAAAGUGCAUGUGUCUUCUGCCCUACACACCUUUGGAUCCUUUGUAGCAGAUGUCUACAUGGUUGUGAGAUGGGUCGUUGUGUUGGUUCUACUUGUCUGUGCCAUCACAAUCGAAAUAAUCAGGAGGAGACUGAAUUCCAAGUGAAUUCCGAGCUGAAGGUGAGCCGCCUGUAGUGUGGCAGCUCCGCCUACUCUUCAUCAUCA